AUGGAGAAACCUGGAUUGAAGCUGAACGGCAACCAGAGUGGUAUAAGCCUGACCCAGAAUACAAGAAUGAGAGUCAGAGCACCUUGGAAUAGAUGCGAGUACAAGACUUUGCACCGGCUAAAGCUGCCUUGGAAAGCCAUGGCUGCCGCCCCUCAUCUCAACUCGGAUGCACUCCGAGAGGUCCUGGAGUGCCCCAUUUGCAUGGAGUCCUUCACUGAGGAGCACCUGAGACCCAAGCUCUUACACUGCGGGCACACCAUCUGCAAACAGUGCUUGGAGAAACUCCUAGCAAACAGCAUUAAUGGGAUACGGUGCCCCUUUUGCAGCAAAAUCACGCGGAUCACGAGCUUAGCUCAGCUGACUGACAAUCUUACUGUGCUGAAGAUCAUAGACACCGCUGGACUGGGGGAAGUGGUGGGUCUUCUCAUGUGCAAGGUCUGUGGGAGAAGGUUGCCAAGACAUUUCUGCAAGAGCUGUAGCUUGGUUUUAUGUGAGCCGUGCAAGGAGACAUCACACAUGCCCCAAGGGCACAGAGUCAUUGCUAUCAAAGAGGCUGCUGAAGAGCGCAGGAGGGAAUUUGGGACAAGGCUUGCCAGACUUCGGGAGCUCAUGGGCGAUCUGCAGAAAAGAAAAGCGUCUCUGGAAGGUGUUUCGAGAGACCUGCAAUCUAGAUACAAAGCAGUUCUGCAAGAUUACAGCAAAGAAGAGCGCAAGAUCCAGGAAGAACUGGCCAGGUCACGCAAGUUCUUCACCACCUCCUUGUCUGAAGUGGAGAAGGUAAACAAUCAGGUAAUGGAGGAGCAAGCUUAUCUGCUGAACUUAGCAGAAGUGCAGAUAAUGUCUCGCUGUGACUAUUUCCUUGCCAAAAUAAAGCAGGGAGAUAUAGCUCUCUUGGAGGAGGCAGCAGAUGAGGAAGAACCAGAACUGACAAACAGUCUCCCAAGGGAGCUGACUCUUCAAGAGGUUGAACUCCUUAAGGUGAGCCAUGUGGGACCACUGCAGAUCGGGCAGGUGGUGAAGAAACCCCGGACCGUUAACAUGGAGGAAUCGCUCAUGGAAACUGCAGCAUCCUCAUCAGCAUCAUUUAGGGAGCCUGACUUGGUGCAAGAAGAGGCCAGCUGCACACCGAAUUCCUCACCAGCCAAGCCAAGGAUGCCUGAAGCAGCCACGAGCAUCCAGCAGUGUCACUUCAUCAAGAAGAUGGGCUCCAAGGGCAGCCUGCCAGGCAUGUUUAAUCUCCCUGUCAGCCUACAUGUCACCCUGCAAGGUGAGGUGCUUGUGGCAGACCGAGGCAAUUUCCGAAUCCAGGUUUUUACCCGCAAGGGCUUUCUGAAGGAGAUUCGCCGGAGCCCUAGCGGAAUCGAUAGUUUUGUAUUGAGUUUCCUUGGGGCAGACUUGCCCAAUUUGACUCCCCUUUCUGUCACCAUGAACUGCCAUGGCCUGAUAGGUGUGACUGACAGCUACGAUAACUCUGUCAAGGUCUACACCAUGGAUGGUCACUGCGUGGCGUGUCACCGGAGCCAGCUGAGCAAGCCCUGGGGCAUCGCCGCCUUGCCGUCUGGGCAGUUUGUAGUGACCGACGUGGAAGGAGGGAAACUCUGGUGUUUCACGGUGGACCGCGGCGUGGGGGUAGUGAAGUACAGUUGCUUAUGUAGCGCAGUGCGCCCAAAGUUUGUCACCUGCGAUGCUGAAGGGACCAUAUACUUUACUCAAGGGCUGGGGCUUAACCUGGAAAACCGGCAGUACGAACACCAUUUAGAAGGCGGCUUUUCAAUUGGCUCCGUCGGCCCGGAUGGGCAGCUGGGACGCCAGAUUAGCCACUUCUUCUCCGAGAAUGAGGAUUUCAGGUGCAUUGCUGGGAUGUGCGUCGAUGCCAGGGGAGACCUCAUUGUUGCCGACAGCAGCCGUAAGGAAAUCCUGCAUUUUCCUAAAGGAGGUGGCUAUAAUAUCUUAAUCCGGGAAGGACUCACCUGUCCCGUCGGUAUCGCCAUUACUCCCAAAGGGCAGCUGCUGGUGCUGGACUGUUGGGAUCAUUGCAUUAAGAUCUAUAGUUACCAUCUGAGAAGAUAUUCCACUCCUUAAAGGCAUGUCCCUAGGUAAAGCCCCUUUUGGCAGCAGAGAUUCUUCCAGCCUCAUUGGAAUCCGACGGGAACCAGUGUCAAACGUUCAGGAAGAUUGUGCCAUAACUGAAGAGGGUUUGGCACAGAGGCCGUCAUGUUUUGUGUUUAGAAACGAAAUAGCUUACGUGGUGGUGGUGGUCUGCUUUUUUUUCUUCUUUUUUUAUAUAAAAUCCGUACAAUAAAAAAGAACAAGCGUGAGGGGAAGGAUCCAUCCUUCUGGAGUACUGCUUCCUUGCUAAAUGACUGGUCACUCCAUAAACCUCCUCACCUCCUUUCGCCACAUCUCCUACGCUUCCAGCUUCAACUGUUGUAUCUUUCUGUGUGCCAUAAACACUGACUGACUGCUCUAAAUCACCUUCCCUUGGAGGACUAGAGAGGCAAUCCUCUUCUCACUGUGGUACUCGCAAGGAACUGGGUAGCAGUUGUCUGGGCGACUACUAGAGAAAGCAAUUUCUGAUUGCAGCACUGCAUAAAACGAAAUAGCCCUCUUAAACUGUGUGGAGACGGAGCUUUACUUUCAAAUUGACGAGGGAGAGUUUUCUCUCUCUGUUUUUCUGGUAUUCAGGAGAUUGCCCCUGUCAUGCCAUUGGUGAACCGUGUCUGUUCGAUGUGAAGUGAGUACUGUGCAAUCGUGGGAGACCGAGCUGAGCCAGAAAACUGCCCUCUGAGGGCAACAGGGUUUUUGUUACUACUAAGAGUUCUGCUAGGUAGAAUGGGGUGAAAAGGGAGGGGGCUGGAGGAAAAAAAAUGAGGGGAAACCUAUGGUUGAUAUUUACUGUUGUUUUGUUAUUAAAUGUAUCCUGGAAACUGUC